AUGCACUCGUUGUUGGUACUCUACGGCAGCGAAACCGGGACGGCAGAAGAUGUUGCGGAAGGGCUGUGGAAGGAGGCAAGAUUACUGGAUGUGCCAGCCCGAUUGUUUGGUAUGGACGAAUACGAUAUUGAGAAUCUACCAAACGAGCGUGCGGUUGCAUUUGUUGUGGCAACUACAGGACAAGGCGAAAUUCCGCCGAAUAUGCGCUCUGCGUGGCUACGUAUGCUGCGUAAAAGUCUUCCUCGGGAUUGGUUACAGCAUAUAAACUUCGGAGUCCUCGGUUUGGGAGACUCGUCCUAUCAAAAGUACAACUUCGCUUCGAAAAAGCUUUUUCGAAGGUUGCUUCAACUAGGUGCAAAUUCUCUACUUGAUAUUGGUUUAGCGGAUGACCAGCACGAGUUGGGUGUAGACGGAGCCGCGAUACCAUGGAAGAAAGAGUUCUGGGAGAAAUUACGCUCCACUAAUUUGUUCCAUAGCAUGAAAGUGGAGGUUGAUCAUUCGAUUAUCCUUCCCCCUAAAUAUCAACUUCAAUUCGACAAUGAUAGCUCAAACUGUCGGGUCAAACCUGAUACACAGGCAUACCACGAAGUUGUAGUGGAUUCUAACAGCAGAGUCACUGCGGCUGAACACUUCCAGAAGUAUUCCAGGGAUUCCCAGUACAUCUAUGACCCAGGCGAUGUUCUGAUGGUUCAACCUUGUAAUUUGUCGGAAUCUGUUCACAUAGCGCUCGAAGCGCUCAAGUACUCGGACGACGUUCUAGAUCGUCCCCUGCAACUGAUACCGUCGGACGAUUUUAUAAAACUUCCCCCAAAUUGGCUCAUGAGAGAUCGACUUACUCUACGCAGCUGCUUCCUACGCAUGUUUGACCUGCAAGUAAUCCCGCGGAAGUCAUUUUUUCAAACGCUGGCUUCGAUAUCCACUGAUCCAGAUGAAAAGGAGAAAUUACUGGAGUUUGCCAGUCCGCAGGGCAUAGAUGACUACCUUGACUACACAGUAAGAUGUCGCCGGACAACGGCCGAAGUGCUUCGAGAUUUUUCGAGAACGUCAGCUGCGAUCCCUCCAGAGCGUCUUUUCGACUUAUUUACUACUAUUCGUCCAAGGGCGUUCAGUAUUGCCUCUGCGCCUUCACAGAACACCAUUGAGAUUCUUGUGGCUAAGGUACAAGCUUUUGCCUCCAUUACUAUGACUAGUAAUGAGUUCUCUCUUCUCAGAUGUGAGACAGCUGCCGAUUCAAUUUUAUUUUUUGGUUGUCGUGGAAAGAAGCUGGACUUCUAUUUUGAAUCCGAGUGGCAAAAUAUGCCAACUACGCAAGUAUUCACGGCAUUUAGUAUAUGUGCAAAAUUUGAUGCCAUAGGAAGAGAAGACGGGUUCGUGUUCAUAGCCGGCAGCGCAGGAGACAUGCCCAGAGAUGUUGGUGCUGCACUUGAAGCGAUCGCUUCACAACAUGGAUGGGCAGAAGGCACUUUCUUGAAGAAACUGGAAAGCGUAGGGCGUAUUCAAUAUGAGACGUGGUCAUAG